CCCUUGAUGGUUUGAAUAUGGUAGAAUCUAUUUUCGAUUAGCUAAUUGAUUUCUGUUCUGUUGAUAAAUAUGAGGAUUGCUUGUAAAUUUUGCUUGAUGGGAGGUCCAUUUAGCUUAAUUUGCACUAACAAGGAUUUGAAUCUUGUUGGGUUUUAGAUUUCAAUAUUGUGUUAAUGCAUGAUAUUUCCCCCCUUCUUUGUUAGAAGGCAGAAUGUGGAGACUUUUGUUGGAGAAGGACUGAACCCAAUUUUUGUAACACUUAUGUUCUUUUAACUCAUUAAAUGUCUAGAGAACGUUCAUUCUGAAACUUUUGAAUGAAAAAACAGGAGGAUGAUUAUCUUCUUCCCCUCUUCUCAUGUUAUUUAUGCAGUUGGAACUUUUGAAUGAAAAAACAGGGGAAAGGGAAAACACAAGCAUAGCUCGAGUUUCAUUCUGAACUUAUUAACAGAAAAUUGUCUCAAAUUUCCCCUCACUGAUGACUUCAAUUUUUCUAAUUAAAAUUGUUCAAAGAGGCAAACUUUGGUACUUUAACAGUGGCUUUUGAAUUCUUUUGACAGAAAUCAUCUUUGAGGACAGUUGAUACUUUUGCAGUGCAAUGUGAAAAAUGUUAUAAAUGGAGGGUGAUUGAUACUGAAGAAGAGUAUGAGGAAAUCCGAAGCACCAUCCUUGAGGAGCCAUUCAUUUGUGGGAGAAAACCGGGUGUGUCUUGUGAGGAUCCUGCUGAUAUUGAGUACAAUGCGACUAGAACCUGGGUCAUUGACAAGCCUGGUCUUCCAAAGACUCCUGAAGGUUUUAAGAGAAGCUUGGUACUUAGAAGAGACUACUCUAAACUGGAUGCUUACUAUAUUACUCCUACAGGAAAGAGAGUCAGAACUCGCAAUGAAAUAGCAUCCUUCAUAGAGGCAAAUCCACAAUACAAAGGCAUUUCCAUUAAAGACUUUGAUUUUGGGAGUCCAAAGGUUAUGGAAGACACUAUCCCUGCUGAGUAUGUCAAAAAAAGUUCUAGUCCCAGUUCUAACAAAAAAUCCAAAACAUCAAAGGAUGCUGUUUCAAAUGGAACUGUUUUGCAUCUUGAGUGAGGUCUACUGACCUUGGUCCUUGAACUUGUACUUUGGUCAUGUAUUUUCUAGUAGGUUGGUUUGAGAAGUCUGUUUUGGGGUUGGCUUUCUUCUUCUAGUUGUUGACUGCGCUAUGGCAGUUAGGAAGUGCCAGGACUUCUUGGGAUGUUAAGUUAAAUAUUAUUGCUGAGGCUGUUAAUCCAAGGAUUGUUCUUAUUCUUGUAUCAGUCACAUAGCAGUACCACAUACAAUGUGCAAUCCUUUGAGGUGCCUCUUUGGUACUGGCUUCAAAGCAGGUAUCUAACUUGUGACUGGUUUAGACGUCCACGUUCCAUACUC